AUGUCUCUACAACUAGUUGACCGUUCUGUUAAAUUUCCAAUAGGUAUGCUAGAGAACAUUCUCGUUUAUAUAGGACAAUUCUAUAUUCCUACUGACAUUGUAAUAAUGGAUAUAAAGAAGGAUUACCACAUCCCUAUUAUUUUAGGAAGACCCUUUUUAGCCAUAGCCAGAGCCAUCAUAGAUGUGAAGAAAGGUAGGCUAACAUUCGAAGUUGGAGAAGAAAAAGUUGAAUUUCUCUUAGCUAAAUUCCUACAAGCACCGACUAUAGAUGACUCAUGUUGUUUCUUACACGUCAUCGAUGAAUGUGUGAAAGAAAUUAAGAAGCAACCAUAUAAGUAUACUGAAGUACUGAAGAUUCCAACACCUCCUACAUUUGAAGAUGAUAAUUGGCAUGAGCCAUACAUAGAUGACAUUCUGAGAGAACGUCUAGCUCUAACAACAAAUCUAGUGCCAUGCCCAAAGAAACCUUCAAUAGAAAUCAAAACACUACCCAAAGUUCUAAGAUUCGGUGUACCAAGACUCGUAAUUAGCGACGGAGGAUCUCACUUCAUUUUCAAAAUCUUCGAAAGAUUGUUGCUUAGAUAUGGAGUCCGACACCGUGUAGCAACGCCAUAUCACCCUCAAACAAGUGGAAAAGUUGAAGUUUCCAAUAGAGAAAUCAAACAAAUAUUAGAGAAAACCUUUUCAACUUCUAGGAAAGAUUGGUCUGCAAAACUUCAUGAAGCUCUGUGGGCUUAUAGGGCAGCUUACAAAACCCCAACAGGAACAACAUCAUUCAAACUAGUUUAUCGUAAAUCAUGUCACCUGCAUGUGGAACUCGAGCAUAAAGCUUAUUGGGCCAUCAAUACCCUUAACAUGAAUUACACAACUGCAGGUGAGAAAAGAAUUUUGGAUAUCCAUGAAUUAGAAGAACUUAGAUUAGAUGCCUAUGAGAAUGCCCGUAUUUACAAGGAAAGAACCAAACUGUGGCAUGACAAACAAAUUACAAGGCGAGAAUUCAAUGAGGGUAACAUAGUCCUUAUCUUAAACUCUCGACUCAAAUUAUUUCUAGGAAAACUUCGUUCUAGAUGGUCUGGCCCUUUUGAGGUCAUGAGAGCUCUCCAGAGCGGAGUUGUGGAAAUAAGAGGUAACACUAAUGAACCAUUCAUUGUAAAAAAAUAG